UGACGCUCGCCGAAGCCUGCCGGGAAGUAGCGCGCAUGCGCAAACUCACACAGGAAGAGAAACCAAGAUGAACCCACUUACUAAGGUGAAGCUGAUCAACGAACUGAAUGAACGUGAAGCACAGCUGGGAGUGCAAGAUAAGGUUUCCUGGCAUUCGGAAUACAGCGACAGCGCUUGGGUGUUUGUGGGGGGGUUGCCAUAUGAACUGACAGAAGGGGACAUUAUCUGUGUAUUUUCACAAUAUGGGGAGAUUGUGAACAUAAACCUGGUUCGUGACAAGAAGACAGGGAAAUCCAAAGGUUUCUGCUUCAUUUGCUAUGAAGAUCAGCGAAGCACCAUCCUUGCAGUUGAUAAUUUCAACGGGAUAAAGAUAAAAGGAAGGACUAUUCGAGUAGAUCAUGUUGCUAAUUAUCGUCCACCAAAAGAUUCUGAGGAUAUUGAUGAAGUUACAAAAACACUCAGAGAGAAGGGGUGUGGUGUUAAAACGCCUCCUCCGAGUUCAUCUGAAUCCUCCGAAGAGAAUGAGGUGGAAGUGAAGAAACACAAAAAAGAGAAAAAGAAGAAGAAAAAGAAAGAGAAGAAGGAGCAUCGGAAACGCGUGAAAGAAGAACCGCUUGCAGACGUGCCGCCUCCUAAAACCAGGAUCAAAGAAGAGAAGGAAGAUCCAGGCUAUGAGCGAUAUGCUUCUGGGAGUCAGCCAAACUGGAGCAGCCUCUCGGGGCACAAACACAAGCGGGAGAGAGAGAGGUCCCGGGAAAGAGGAGGCACAGAUCGGGGCAGGCACGAACCGGGCGUUUCUCAAAGGGAAGAGAAGCACAAGUCUCUCGAUGCCCCAAAAGAAAGGCUUCAAGAUGCUGGAAGCAGAAGUUCUCGAGACCGAGGGGAGGACAAAGGGAAGCCGUCAAAGGAGAAGAAGGCCUCAGGUGGCUAUUAAGCCUUUGCAGACAGGUCAUGGUGGCCUCAGCAGUUCAGCGGGAGAGAGGCCACUCUGCAGUCUGGACAAAAACUUUAGCGGAAGCGUGGGGUUGACUCUUGGGCUGGACUUUGCCUCCUCAGAAAGGAGAAAAUGUGAGCAUCUGAUUGACCAUCUCUUUCAUUUUAUACAUAAAGCAGUAGUCUGAGAUCA